CUUGCCUGUAGUUUAAAUUAAUGUCAACGUGCCUCGCCGCCGGGAGAACGAGUCUAGCGCGGAUAGCGAAAGUACGUGCUCAGCGCAACCUGCGAGCCGCUCCACACGUUUUAACAUGACGCGACGGCCGAGAAACAGUGUUUACAGUAGCGAGGAGGAUGAGGAGGAGGCCGAGAUGUAUGACCACGAUUACGAUGGGUCAAUGGUCAAGUCGGGUAAAAGGCACCUUGGCAAAACCCGCUGGACACGAGAAGAGGAUGAGAAGUUAAAGAAACUGGUUGAGCUCCAUGGAUCAGAAGACUGGAAAGUGAUUGCGAGCCUACUGACUAACCGGACAGAUGUGCAGUGCCAGCACAGGUGGCAGAAGGUCCUUAACCCAGAGCUCAUCAAAGGGCCGUGGACCAAAGAGGAGGACCAGAGGGUGAUCGAGCUGGUCCAGAAGUAUGGAGCCAAGCGCUGGUCGGUGAUCGCCAAGCACCUGAAGGGCCGCAUCGGCAAGCAAUGCCGCGAGCGCUGGCACAACCACCUGAACCCGGAGGUGAAGAAGACGUCGUGGACCGAGGAGGAGGACCGGAUUAUCUACCAGGCACACGAGAAGCUGGGAAACCGCUGGGCCGAAAUCGCCAAGCUGCUCCCCGGCAGGACGGACAACGCCAUCAAGAACCACUGGAACUCCACCAUGAGGCGGAAGGUGGAGCAGGAGGGCUACCUGCAGUGCCAGGCCAAGAACGGCAACUCCUCGCACUCCGUCGGCCACGGCUACGUCAAGACCAACAACCACCACAUGGGUUACCCGCACCACUCGCCGAGCCACGCGCAGCCGCCCCCCCUGUCGCCGCUCAACUACGCCUACAUCUCCGACGCGCACAGAGUGCCGUUCCCCAUGGCCCUGCAUCUGAACAUGCUCAACAUUCCCCAGCACGGGGCCGCUGCUAUACAGAGACACUAUGGUGAGGAGGACCCUGAGAAGGAGCAGAGGGUGAAGGAGAUCGAACUGCUGCUCAUGUCGACAGAAGAUGAGCUGAGAGGCCAGCCGUCACUACCAAUGAAUUUGUCCUAUCCCAGCUGGGCGAGCCAGAGCUCUCCGUCCAACAGCUCCGAGGGCGUAAUGUUACUGCCUCAUCACCAGGCCCCCGCCCUGCCCCUGGACCAGAGCUGCCUACCGGAGGAGAGCGCCUCCGCGGCGCGCGCCCACGCCACCCGGAGGAGCAGCAGCAGCAGCAGCAGCGGUGACGGCGGCAGUCAUCACGGCAGCCCGACGUUCUCAAAUGCCAUGCCAGAGUUCAUGGAAUGCGUCAUCGACUCGUUUCUCAACCAGUCAAUGAGCCCGGAACACUCCGACAACGACGGCUCGCCUGUGGACUCGAAGCCUCUGAUCAACCACACCAUCCGGCACUUGAAAGAGGAGGACAUGUUCCGAACUCCCAACAUUCGCCGUUCGAUCCAGGAGUCGUCUCCUUGCACGCCGACGCCGUUCCGGUCAGCUGUGGCCAUGCAGGAGGCCAAGUAUGGACCCGACAAACUGCUGAACUCUCAUUUGGAGCAACAGAUGGUCAAAUCCAUCAAGCAGGAGCCGAUGGACUGCGCGAUUGAGCAGCCUCCUCUGAAGAAGAUAAAACAAGAGGUGGAGACCCCGUGUGAGAGGAGCCCGUGUAUGCAGUGGGAAGGACCGGACCUCCACACGCAGCUCUUCUCCCCAAACGGCGCCGCGCAGGAAGUACCCGACCUGCUCACCGGCUCACUAUUGAGCGAAGACGGGCACAAAAACUACCACCUCCCUCGCCGAGGCACGGGCAGCCCGCCGCAGCAGCUCGGCUCCUGGGAGCAGGCGACCUGCGGGAAAACCGAGGAGCACGCCUUGGCCGCGGAGCAGAGCCGCAAGUACAUCAGCACUUACUCCACGAGGACGCUGGUCAUGUAGCUGCGGCGCCUCGCUGCGGCGGGAGAGGGGGGAGAGGGGGGAGGGGAGGGGGGGGAUGAUCGACGGCGCGGAUUACACAUUUGUGGUACAACAGUUGGGAGAGGCUCUAUGCCGUCGGUGUUUUUACACUCACACUUGUUGGAUUUCAACCAACCAAAGACUAAACAAGUUUUUUUAAUUUUAUUUUAUUAUUAUUUUUCAGAAUUCUUCUACCUAUAAUUUGCUAUGGUUUCUGUCGUACGUCUUAUCUCGUUUGGUCUCGUCAUGUUGUUAUUAUCAAUGUUGUAUUAUAAAUGGGGAAACGGUGGAUAUAUAAUUUGCAUCGGGCUUGUUGAGUUUUUAAUUCUGAAUUUUGAUAUUAAUAUAAAGAACAAGUUGAUUAAUUUAUUUCUUUUGUUUUCAUAAUGUUGUUGUUUUUUUCAAUUGGCCAAUGGAUCAGUGUUGUAAGUUAAGUAUUUAAGCCCUAUUAGCAUUAUCAUAAAUCCAAAGGCAUAUUAAUGAACUUUAAAACUGACCUCUUUAUUUCAGUCGUGAAACGUUUCUGUUUAUUUUUUCUUUGCUAAACGGGCUUCAAUGUGUCUACUGUUUAUUUCAAGUGUUUGGUCUGUGCCACCUCAUGUAAACACUUAACUACUGAACAAGAGCAGCCGCGUCUGUCCCGGCAUCGUUAUUCGACUUACAGUGCCAUACAGAGCGAUGGCGCUUUACACAACGGAAGGGGCCAGCCUUAUUAGUAUUACCUGACGACCACAUUGGCACCUUUUGUUUCAUACCAAUUGAUUUUCAUUUCAACCUUUUCAGUUUUCAUUCACUUCUGGCCUUCUCAGUAAAAAAAAUCAAUGGAAAAAAACGUUAACUUCAAGCAUAUAUAUAUAUUUCUACAUUUGAGAUAAUUAUCGUAAUUGAGCUUGUAUGUUUGAAACCACGAGCUUCACCCAGUAAGCAUGAGGCCGAGUUGCACUUGAAACUUACUCUCCAGAAAAGGCGAGGGCACUAAACACGGAUAUUUUAUACGAUGGUACAAACCAAUCCCAAUCAAAACUUUUGUAUGGCUUUUUGUAUUCAAACAUUUCUUUGGAUAGUUUUUGUAUAUUUGUAUAAUGCUUCUUCAAUCAGCAUUGCAGUAGCCCACGUCAAACACUUAGCAGACAAUCUUUUUGUACGCCUUGUUUUAUACUAGCUUUUGAGCUAAAAUGAUUUUAUAAAAGCAUUUGUACAUGCCAAGUUUUCAUGUUUUUAUACUUUUGUAUACUGCCUAGUAAAUAAAGUGUGUUUUUAUUACA